GCGUAGCCGGCGGGAUGAGUGGCGGAGGGACGGACCCCACUGUGGGUUGUGAGGCCGCCUCGGGCGGCGGCAACAAGAAGAGAGACUCGUUAGGGACCGCGGGCUCGCCAGCGCACCUCAUUAUCAAGGAUCUUGGAGAAAUUCAUUCAAGGCUGUUAGAUCACAGACCAGUUAUUCAAGGUGAAACCCGUUAUUUUGUGAAAGAAUUUGAAGAAAAACGUGGUCUUCGAGAAAUGAGAGUUCUUGAGAAUUUGAAGAAUAUGAUCCAUGAAACAAAUGAACAUACUCUUCCCAAAUGUAGAGAGACAAUGCAAGACAACUUAAACCAAGUUCUCCAGAAAUUGCAAGCAGCUACUGAUUCAGUCUGUAAACUCCAACAGAGGGAGCAGGAACGAAAAAAGAUGUAUAAUGACCAUUUAAUAGCUAGUGAAAACCAGCAUACAAUCCAGUGGGAAGAGUUCAUGAAAGAACAACACAACAAACAGGCUGAAGUGGACGAAGAGCACAGAAAAGCUGUGGAGAGGCUUAAAGAACAAUAUGCUGAGAUGGAGAAGGACCUAGCAAAAUUUUCAACCUUUUAAGAACUUGAACCACAACAAUGACAAACUAAUGAGAAAAAAUUGACUUCACCCAAAGAAUUAACUAUUCCCACCAAACCAUUUAGCCUCUGCUUCAAGCUUAGCAAUAUAUUCAGUGGCACUAAUAUCAGAAGAAAGAAACUUCUGCUGGAGUCUUUUUUAUUAAUAUUUUUUUCUUUUUUUAGAGAGAGAGGAAGGGACAAGGGAGAGAGAGAGAGAGAAAUAUUGAUCCGCUGCCUCCUACACGCCCUUUACUG